AUGUCAACAUCACAAAGUCCAGCGAUAUUCAAUGGAGAAGUUGACAAUUUUUAUGACCAAAAUUAUGAAAUGAGUAAUAAAAUGCGAUUACCAAAAACAUUGAGAAUUGGUGACGAAUUUAAAGAUGAUUCUACUGCAAAUGACUCUUGGACGCAACCAAGACCUAAUCAAGUUUUUGAUAUGCAUAUGCCUGAUAGAAUUCUUGUUGUUGGACAUGAUCAACAUGUCGGAUUAAAAGCUCCACCUAUUGAAAUGACCCUGGAUAAUUCAGUUAUCCCACCGGAGCAUACAAUGACCAGAGUCCAGACUCCACCAAGAAUUUUAACGCUAGGUGAUCAUUUUUUUCCAACAUUUGAUGAUGAAAAUGAUGAUUAUCCAAAUACAAUAGCUGUAAAUUCAACACCUCCAGUUACAAAUGGACCUUUUGUUAGUGACACACAAAUAGUUAGACGUAAUGUAAGAGAACAAACGCCAGUUUGGAAUAGUACUCUUGAUGUUUCGCUGCCGCAAUCAGAUGAAAUUCAACAUUUACGACGUCAGCUGGGGAAGCUCAAUCGUCGAGUGAUGGCUGUAGAAUCUGUUCUGUACCAACGUCAACAACGUGAUAAAUAUAUUUAUGCUAUCACUGUUGCCUAUUUUAUAUUCAAAGCAUUCAAUUGGAUCACUAGAAAUUAA